AUGGCGGCCCCCACCGCCUCCUCCGACACUUUGAUUACUCCUCCUUCUCCUGUCCACAUCUCACAGUCAACUCCCAAGCCCACGACAACGGCCAUGGACAUGGACAUACUAUCACCGGCCGAGUCACCACCACCCGUGGUCCCGAAACUCAUCCGUGAAGCCAGUGACAUCACUUGGCAGGAAUCCCUGGAAUCAAGAAAAGGUCAGGUUGUGCUGGUCCGGCGACGCGGCCGAUUCCGUCUACUGCACCAGCAGCAAUUCAAAAACAGCUUGCUCGCCGGUGUGGGAUACCUCGAGCUAGCUAACGCCGGUGACUUCGCUGCCAACGUCUGGAACCAGAUUCCCGUCCCAAGGUUUGCUGCUGUACUCAUGGGAAUUGGAGGCGUACUGGCCUUGGGGGAUGAUCCGGCUUGGGUGGGUGUGCGUGAAAUUGGCACCGAAGUGAUUGACCGUAUGGUGAUGGAUGCGUUGAUGGGAUUCGGCUCGUUGUUGGUCGGCGUUGGCACUUUGAUGGCAAUUGGCGGUGCCAACCCCCGCGUCUUCAAAGCCAGUAAUCUGCUUUCUGGGUAUAUUGGCAAUGGUCUGGCUGCAGUUUUUGGCCUUGUCAAUGCCAUCUGGUGUGGCUCUCUCCUUCGUCGAUUCCAUGUGCAGGACGCUGCUGCUUUUGCUCAGGAGCCCAGCGAUGAUAUCCGUCGCCGGCUACAUACUCGGUUUCGUCGCUUCCAAUGGCAUGCUGGUAUCAAUGGGCUAACUGGUAUUGUUGCUGGUGCAGCUUCGAUGGUCACUGCUGAGCGUUGGUGGGGAUACGUUGUCCUGAUCCCGUGUAUUAUUUCUUUUAUCCUAUGCAAUUAUUUCUGGCGAAAAAAGCUGGGCUAUGAUCGUCCAGUCUUCGCACAUACAUCAGCAACGGAAAUACAGGUGACCUCGCUCAUUGAAGACCUGCAAUACGUCAUUGUAAUGCAGCGCGACCUCGCCGAUCCUGAACAUUCCCUGCCGCAGGCCAUUGUCCGACCGGACUCCUUGGAAUCCAUUCUUCGCUUUAUUAUCCGUGAAAAUAUGCUCGAAACUUACUGCGAGUCCCUAGCCCGCGACACAACCACCCGCCAUAUUCUUGCCGCAUUCCCAUCUCUGAACGCAUCCCCUGGCCAAAUCACCAUCUCCCUCGACACCCUCUUUCGCCUUCCCCCCAGCCACCUAAAGCUCAUCCUAGAGCACGCAAAGCAAUUUCUACAAACAACCGGUGUUUGCAUCUUCACAUAUCGUGAACGCCACCUGCUUGAACUUCUGGGUUACGCAAUCUGUCAAGAUCAUCAAAAAGCCACAAGCACCACACAAGAUGACAUGAUAGAGCACACUUAG